AGGAAGUGACGUCAAGCACCUGACGACGCCCCUGACAACGACACGCACAGUUGUACGAUGGCAAUGGACAGUGCUAAAGCUACUUUGAUAGCAUUUGAUGCCAAUAAACUGAAGUACACCCAAUACCAGGAAUAUUUGAAAGAGCAUGAAGACAAGGCUAGCAGUUUAGUGGUGCCUGAAUUCGAUACAGUAUGGGUCACAAAGCGCUAUAGCCCGACAGACCAGCGGGUACAAGUUCCGGUACCACGAUAUAAGUUAUUGAGGUCUGCGAUUCUCCCUCCUGUGGAAAAGGACUGGGUGCCGCCAAGCAACCCUCCUUUGCGCAGUUUUCAUCGCACUCAGAGUAAGAUCUAUGCACCCUUCCCGAGCACGCGAUGCGAAGAUUUCUCGACUUUACGGCAGAUGCUGCCUUCAAGCGGCAGUGUUCACAAAGAGCGUCCUCCCAACUGGGGUACGGGACACGUUUAUGCUCAUCUUCCUAUUGUGUCGGAGCGAGCUCCCACUCGCUUUCCCAGAGUGAACAGUCCUAUGACCAGGUAUAUGGAGCACAUGCAUCAGAGUAGCCCUUUGCUUCACAUGUUCUGAGCACCAGCUGCACCAUUAGAGUAAUUAUUGGUGCCUGAAGCAAUCACCAAGUUGACAGUAUCUACUGAAAAAAAUGUUUACCAACAGUAAUAAUAGAUCAAAGUAAUAACUUUCUUCCCAGCAAAACUUCAAAUUAGACUUUAGAGAAAUAUCUACAUCAGUAUUAUUCUAUCACUCAGUACAGAAUAUGCUACAGUGUUUAAGAUCAUCUCUGUUAGUAGACAAAGGUGAUGGUAUAAGAUACACAUGUGGGGAGAUUUUCUACUUGUAGUCUGCACUGUGCAACUUUAACAAUCCCAGCAAAGUUGUACUGGUGAUACAGAGAGAGUAGAGUAGUGAGAGUGUAAUGUAUCAUAAUAAUUGUAAUGAAUGGAUGAUGAGUGUAGACACUUGGUGAUAGAAACAUGAUGAUAACAUGGCAUUCCUAACAAGAUAUGCAUAUAACUUAAGGAUUUAUUUUGUCUCAAGUAUUGCUAAAGAUGCUCACUUUACACAGCAUUAGCCUGAAAGGUUUUGUCAGUAUUAUAUGUUUGUAGGUGCUUGUGCACACAUGCACAUAUGUGUAUACAGUUUUUUCAUUGAUGAAGCUCUCCAGUCCCAUUUUAUUAUUACUUUAUCCAGGUAUCUUUUUUCAUUGUAUUUAAAAAAAGUUGUUUUACAUGAAUGGCAAAAUAUUUCUUUACAUUAAUAAUACUAUCCAUUAGAUGUAAGUUCAUCAAAAGUAAAUGAUACUGUGUUUAAAAUGGUACCUAGAAUUGUUUGCAUUAUUAUUAAUGCUGGUCUUAAUUAAGUAGAUUUCUUUUCAGCAAUUAUAAAAUGUAAAUGGCUUCAUAUUUUUAUUUAUUACAUACUUUUUUCACUUUUUUACUCAAACUCUUGUGGAACAUUAAGAUUAGACGUUGCCCAUGUCACCUGCAGUUAAUGCCCUUGCCUUCUUGUCUGAUCCGUUUGUUUACAAUAGAAAGUUUGUUUACAAGAGAAAAUGCCUUUACAUCAUGACUUGGCCUUCAUAAGGAAGGGUAGUAGAGGCGUUUUUAGGCCUUUGAAGAGAGAUAACACCCAGACUAAGCUCUCAAAGACCGACCAUUUACAUAAUGGCUAUAUUAAGAGAUACAAAGUGCAUGAGUCAAGAUCUCAAAUCAUAAACCAUGUGGAUUGUCUUAGUGACAAGGAACUAGCGACACAUGACAGGGGAAUAUGCAACAGGCAUUUGGUGACAUGACAAACAGCAGUACACCAAGCCAUCUUCCAGUAUUAAAUACAGUCUAUGUGACAUAGAAUUACUUGCUGACUCCUCACAUGACUUGCAUAGUACUUCCUACUUUGGAAAUCAUUUCUACCACCUAUUUGCUUAUAUAUUCUUUUGAUAUACUGUAAACACUUGAUCUAAGAUCAGAUGUUUGCUCAUAGUACAUUCAGUGCCUUAAUGGGUCUGGUCAUUGUAUACUAAUAGUCCUCUCUUGUCAGUAUUAUUUUUUAAAUUAAAUUUAAAUAAAGAAAAAUAUAAAUUAACAAA